CUGUCACAGGUCCCCUCCCUCCUCAAUACUCCACACUGUCACAGGUCCCCUCCCUCCUCACACUGCACACUGUCACAGGUCCCCUCCCUCCUCACACUGCACACUGUCACAGGUCCCCUCCCUCCUCACACUGCACACUGUCACAGGUCCCCUCCCUCCUCAAUACUACACCAAACUUUUUCUUUUUCUUUUUUUUUGUUCUGUCAUAAGAUUUGGAGACUUGAAAUAACUUCAGAGAGAGCUCAGACAGAGAUGGCUGCGGGGCAGAGGCAUUGAGGGAGCUGAUCCCUGUGGCUGGGAGGCUGAGCACCACGCUUGGUCUGUGGGACUGGAUGCAACGUCUAUAAACCUGUCCUGAGAGAAAGACCACAACGUAUUCUUGAUUCACCGGAGAAGAGCGCCCGUCCAGUCCACAAUGUUGCCGGGACUGGUGAUUACUGCGCUGUUUGUCGGCGUACUUGCCCAGAAUCCUGAGCAGCCGUACGGCUGCUCUCAGGGCAGCUGCUAUCCGGGCACUGGGGACCUGCUCGUUGGACGUGCGGACAAACUCAAGGCUACGUCAACCUGUGGACUCCAGAGAUCGCAGCCCUAUUGUAUUGUGAGUCAUCUUCAGGAUGAGAAGAAGUGCUUUGUCUGUGACUCGCGAAGACCUUACAACCGCCUGACCAACCCCAUCAGCCAUCGAAUCGAAAAUGUCAUUACCACGUUUGCCGAAGACCGGAAGAAAGCGUGGUGGCAGUCUGAGAAUGGUGUUUCGGACGUUACCAUUCAGUUAGAUUUGGAGGCUGAAUUUCACUUCACUCAUCUCAUCAUGACCUUCAAGACAUUCAGACCGGCUGCCAUGUUAGUGGAGCGCUCAGCGGAUUUUGGCCGGAGCUGGCAGGUUUACAGAUACUUUGCGUAUGACUGCGCAGCCGUGUUCCACAAUAUUUCCCGCACCAUCCAGCGAAAGGUGGACGAUGUCAUCUGCGAAUCCCGUUACUCUGAUAUCGAGCCAUCCACCGAAGGAGAGGUGAUAUACCGGGUUCUGGAUCCAGCUAUUCCCAUCAGAGACCCGUACAGCUCUCGCAUUCAAAAUCUGCUGAAGAUCACCAACCUCAGAAUCAAUUUCACCAAGCUGCACACGUUGGGAGACAACUUGCUGGACUCCCGCCUGGAGAUAAAGGAGAAGUAUUAUUACGCCCUGUAUGAGCUGGUAGUGCGAGGAAACUGCUUCUGUUACGGCCACGCCUCCGAGUGUGCCCCCAUACCAGGCAUUUCCAAGGACAUAGAGGGAAUGGUACACGGGAGAUGUGUGUGCAAACACAACACAAAGGGGCUGAAUUGUGAACAGUGUGAUAGUUUCUUCAAUGACAUUCCCUGGAGACCUGCCGAAGGACGCAGUACAAACGCCUGCAAAAAAUGCAACUGUAACAAUCACUCGCGAAAGUGCCACUUUGACAUGGCGGUCUACCUGUCCACCCGGAACACGAGCGGCGGCAUUUGUGACGAAUGUCUGCAUAACACCAUGGGUCGGAACUGUGAGCUCUGCAAGCCAUUCUACUUCAAAGACCCCACAAGGGACAUCCGAGAUAGCAGUGUGUGCAAAGCUUGUGACUGUGACCCAGAUGGCUCUCUAAAUGGAGGACUCUGUGACGCUCAGGAUGACCCGGUUUUGGGGCACAUUGCUGGACAGUGCCGUUGCAAAGAUUUUGUUGAAGGUCCACGAUGUGACAGAUGCAAGUCAGGAUUUUUCGGGCUUAGUGCUGACAGCUUCCAAGGAUGUAGAAGGUGCCAGUGUGACCCCAGGGGAACAAUUUCAGAUGGUUCCAAGUGUGAUAUCAUUAGUGGAGACUGCUUUUGCAAGCGCUUUGUAACUGGCCGAAGCUGUAACCAAUGUUUGCCGGAAUACUGGGCUUUAAGCAAUGACUUGCACGGGUGCCGGUCAUGUGACUGUGAUAUUGGCGGAGCAUGGGAUAAUCAGUGUGCCGUAGAAACCGGCCAGUGUCGCUGCAGAAACCACAUGGUAGGCCGGCAGUGUAACCUGGUGAAAUCUGGUUAUUACCGAAUCCACCUGGAUCAGUACACCUAUGAGGCGGAGUCAGCUUUGCUUCGGCAGGGUUGUUCAGUAUCUGAACGUGAACGUCCGGUGGGCCGCCCUGUUACAUGGACCGGCCCGGGAUUUGCCCUGGUUCCCGAGGGUGGAAUUCUAGAAUUUCAGAUCAGCAACAUUCCGUUUUCCAUGGAGUAUGACGCAAUUAUACGCUACGAACCCAAGUUUCCUGAGAGGUGGCAGCUGGUGAAGAUCUCUGUUAUUAGGCCAGGACCUAUUCCAUCCAGCAGCCCCUGCGGUAACACCAUUCCGGCAGAUGAUCUGAUGACUGCGUCCCUUCCCGCUACUUCCAGACAUGUUAUUUUGGCUCAACCGAUCUGCUUGGAACGUGGGGUGAGUUACACCGUCCGCCUGGAAUUCGCCAGAUACAGCUCUCGGGAGAGAGUACCAGGAGCCAACAUACUCAUAGAUUCGCUGGUGCUUGUUCCCCGUUACUCCUCUCUGGAGAUGUUUAUUGCCGGCGACCCAGCAUCCAUCCACCGCAAGGAUGCUUUCGAGAGAUACCGUUGUCAUAGCAACAGUGGUGAUGUUGUGAAACCACAGGCCAACGAGGUGUGCUCCAAACUGAUCACCAGCAUGUCUGCCAUCCUACACGACGGAGCCCUGGCCUGUAACUGUGACCCCCAAGGAUCUUUGAGCUCAGAAUGUGACCCCUAUGGUGGACAAUGCCAGUGUAAACCAAAUGUAUAUGGCCGCCGCUGUGACCGAUGCGCACCUGGGACAUACGGCUUUGGACCUGCAGGCUGCAAAACCUGCGAAUGCAACGCAGAGGGUUCCGCCCACAACUUUUGCGACCAGUAUAAUGGCCAGUGCCCCUGUCGGCCUGGUGCAUAUGGGUCCAAGUGCGAUCGGUGCCAGCCCGGGCACUGGGGCUUCCCUAACUGCCGGAAAUGUCUAUGCAACGGGCAUUCGGAAGAAUGCGAACAAAGGACGGGGGCGUGCCUGAGCUGCCGGGACAACACUGCAGGCGACAGAUGCGAGAGAUGCACGGCUGGGUUCUAUGGAAAUCCUGUCCUGGGUUCCGGGGAUCACUGCCGACCAUGUCCUUGUCCAGAGGGUCCCAACAGCGGGCGACACUUUGCAGUGUCCUGUCAUCACGAGCCCCGAACAAGGCAGGUGGUCUGUAACUGCAACCAGGGCUAUACAGGACUGGUAAAACGCUCAGGAGGGCCCCAGCCAGCUACUGGAUCCAAAUGCUGCCUGAAAAGGCCGAUAUGCAGAAAGACUCAGUGGAUCACAAGAGGUUCUCGCUGUGACGAGUGUUCGCCCGGCUUCUAUGGAAAUCCAUUUCAGGCUGGGGGACGCUGCCUUCCCUGCCAGUGUAACAACAACAUCGAUAUGACAGACAUCGGGUCCUGCGACCGCAAGACCGGACAGUGUCUGAAGUGCAAGUACCACACGGAAGGGAGGUUUUGUGAGAACUGCUUGCUUGGAUAUUACGGCGAGGCCUCCAGGCGCAACUGUAGAAAGUGUGUCUGUAACUUCCUGGGCACGGAUCGCAGCCAGUGCACCUCCAGGGAGGAGUGUGUGUGCAACAGGAGCAACGGGCAGUGCCAGUGCCUGCCCAAUGUCAAGGGUCAGAGCUGCGACCGCUGCGCUCCCAAUUUCUGGAACCUAGCCAGUGGGAAGGGGUGUGUUCCCUGCAACUGUGACCCCCAUCACUCUUUCAGCUUAAGUUGUAAUGAGUUUACCGGGAAGUGUCAGUGUAGACCGGGAUUUGGUGGAUCCAUGUGUACCGAGUGCCAGGAGAAUUACUGGGGGAACCCUACCGUGCAAUGCAGAGUUUGCGACUGUGACGGACGAGGCAUUCAGUCUCCGCAGUGUAACCGAGCCACCGGCCACUGCACCUGUCGCCAAGGAGUAUCCGGAGUCCGCUGCGAUCAGUGUGCCCGUGGGUUCUCCGGACAGUUCCCUGACUGCCAGCCCUGUCACGAGUGCUUCGGGGACUGGGAUCGUAUUGUGCAGGACCUGGCGGCUCGCACGCGAGACUUGGUGCGCCGGGGGAAGGAUAUCCAUUUGUCGGGGGUGGCUGGGACCUACAGGAAGAACUUUCAAGGGAUCAAAGAUAAGCUUGCCAAAGCACGGAGGAUUGUUAACGCCCGCAAUGCAACUGUGGAGUCGGUGACCAACCUGAUGAAGAUCAUGGACCACCUACGGAAUAAAAUUAGUGAGUCAACUGAGACUUUGACGCAGCUGGAGGGAGAACUGACCAAUGUCCAAGAUGAAAACUUUGACGCUAAUCACGACCUCGCCGAGCUGGAGAGAGAUGCUCGCAGCUUAAACAUGACGGCCAGUGAGCGGGCUCAUCAGCUGGACGUACUCAAGAACUCCAACUUUUUAGGGGCCUAUGACAGCAUCCAUCAGUCUUACGCACAGUCGAGAGCGGCCGAGCAGCUGGUAAACGCAUCAUCUAUUAGCGUUCCCAGUCCCGUCAGCGAUUCCGCCAAAGCCAGAGAGAAAACGGAGCAGCUCAUAAUUCAGAAGCGAGACAACUUUAACCGGAAGAAUGCGGCAAACCGGCGGGCACUGAAUGACCUGACGGCUAAGACCGAAACGCUCGAUCUGAAGAACAUAAAUGAAAAGGUCUGUGGGGCCACUGGAGAUCUCCCUUGUGCGGAGAGUACCUGUGGGGGUGCCGGCUGCCGUGACGAUGAAGGGAAGAGGCACUGCGGAGGUUCCACCUGUAAUGGAGCAGUUGCGACGGCUAAUGACGCACUAGAUAGAGCGAAGCACGCAGAGGAGGAGCUGCAGAGAACACUGGGAGAAGUGGAUGUCCUGUUCCAGAAGGUUACGGAGGCAAAAGCGAAGGCGGACAAAGCUAAACAGAGGGCGCAGGCGACUCUCGAUCGAGCCAGUGAGACCAAGGGGAGAGUGGAGCGUUCUAAUAAAGAACUGCAACAGCUCAUCCAGCAGAUCAAAGACUUCCUGAGCCAGGAGGGAGCAGACCCAGACAGCAUAGAGAUGGUUGCAAGCAAAGUCUUGGACCUGUCCAUUCCUGCAACUCCGCAACAGAUCCAACGCCUUGCGGAGGAAAUCAAGGACAGAGUGAGCGCCCUGUCCAAUGUGGACGCCAUUUUGGAUCACACAGCGGCUGAUGUCCGGAGGGCUGAGCAACUCCUACAAGACGCCAAGCGAGCUAAGAGCCGCGCUGAGAAUGUAAAGAACACAGCAGAGUCCGUGAAGAAAGCUUUGGAAGACGCCAAGAGAGCGCAGAAUGCGGCAGAGGGGGCCAUCCGUAGCGCCAAUGAUGACAUCAGUAACACAGAGUCAAAGCUGACAGUGAUCCAGUCGGGGACAUCCAGCGCUGAGAAUCGCCUCAAUGAUGCUAUGGAUAGACUGGGCCAUCUGGAUAAACAAAUUGAAGCUCUCAAGGUGAAACGCGCUGGUAAUAUCUUGGCGGCGACUCGCGCAGAGGAGACAGCCAGCACAGCAUUGAACAAAGCCAAUGAUGCCAAGAAGGUGCUGGAUGGGCAGCUCGGAGAUAAAUAUAAAACCGUUCAGAAUUUAGUUGAACAUAAAGUGAAAAACAUAAAGGACGCAAAGAAUAAAGCCGACCAGCUGAGAGAUGAGGCCAAGCAGCUGCUGGAGAAUGCGCAGAAUAAACUGCAAAGGCUGCAAGACUUGGAAGUUGCGUAUGAGAAAAAUGAAGUUAUUCUCCAAGAAAAGGCAAAGCAGCUGGAUGGCCUGGAAGACAAAAUGAAGGAUAUUCUCAGUGCAAUUAACCAACAAAUUCAGAUUUAUAACACCUGCCAAUAAAAGCGUCAUCACUGUGAAUAAUCGGCCAAUGCAAGAAUCGGAAAAACAUAGGCCCUCAUUCCGAGUUGAUCGGUCGCAAGGCGAAUUUAGCAGAGUUACACACGCUAAGCCGCCGCCUACUGGGAGUGAAUCUUAGCUUCUUAAAAUUGCGACCGAUGUAUUCGCAAUAUUGCGAUUACUAACUACUUAGCAGUUUCAGAGUAGCUCCAGACUUACUCUGCCUGUGCGAUCAUUUCAGUGCUUGUCGUUCCUGGUUGACGUCACAAACACACCCAGCGUUCGCCCAGGCACUCCCACCGUUUCCCCGGCCACUCCUGCGUUUUUUCCGGAAACGGUAGCGUUUUCAGCCACACGCCCCUGAAACGCCGUGUUUCCGCCCAGUAACACCCAUUUCCUGUCAAUCACAUUACGAUCGCCGGAGCGAAGAAAAAGCCGUGAGUAAAAUUACUUUCUUCAUAGUAAAGUUACUUGGCGCAGUCGCAGUGCGAACAUUGCGCAUGCGUACUAAGCGGAUUUUCACUGCGAUGCGAUGAAAAAUACCGAGCGAACAACUCGGAAUGAGGGCCAACAUAUUAUCACUUGGCGGGAGCAGCCACAGACUUUUCUCUCGGAGCCGCGUUACGGGAUUAGUGCGCAAGAAAUGUUUUCUUGAAUCGCUGUCCAAUCUGUUUUCAAAUGCUGGUAAUAUGUCUGGCAGCACAAACAUUUGUAUGGACAUAGGAUGUGCUGUGGCCAAUAAAAUCUCACUUUCCCUUUUG